CCGCUCGGGCCGCGGCAGCGGGGACCAUGCCGAGGAAAGUCUCCUGAGCCCGGCAACUUGGGCCCCUCCCCGCCCCCACCCGGCGGCCCUCCCCAUGUGUGGCCGGCCGGCCGGGCUCUCCUUCUCGCGGCGGAUGGGUGACCUUUUCCUGGCACGGGCAGGCUGUGCGAGGCGGCGGAGCAGGCGAUGAAGAAGAAACAGCAGCAUCCCGGCGGCGGCGCGGGUGCCUGGCCCCAUGGGGUCCCUCUGGGGGGCGCCCCUCCGGGCCUGGGCAGCUGGAAGCGCCGGGUGUCCCUGCUGCCUUUCCUGCGCUUCUCCCUUCGGGACUACGGUUUCUGCAUGGCCACCCUGCUGGUCUUCUGCCUGGGCUCCCUCUUCUAUCAGCUCAGCGGAGGACCCCCUCGCUUCCUGCUCGACCUGCGGCAGUAUUUGGGAAAUUCCACUUACUUGGAUGACCAUGGACCACCUCCUAGUAAGGUACUACCUUUCCCGAGCCAGGUGGUAUACAACAGAGUAGGCAAGUGUGGGAGUCGCACUGUGGUCUUGCUCCUGAGAAUCUUGUCAGAGAAACACGGAUUCAAUUUGGUCACAUCAGACAUUCACAACAAAACCCGGCUUACUAAAAAUGAGCAAAUGGAACUGAUUAAAAAUAUAAGUACUGCCGAACAGCCCUAUUUAUUCACUCGACAUGUUCAUUUCCUGAACUUCUCAAGGUUUGGAGGAGACCAGCCUGUCUACAUCAACAUCAUUAGAGACCCCGUCAGCCGGUUUUUAUCUAACUAUUUUUUCCGUCGCUUUGGAGACUGGAGAGGGGAACAGAAUCACAUGAUCCGCACCCCCAGCAUGAGGCAGGAGGAGCGUUACCUGGAUAUCAAUGAGUGUAUUCUUGAAAACUAUCCUGAGUGCUCCAAUCCCAGGUUGUUUUACAUCAUUCCAUAUUUUUGUGGACAGCAUCCCAGAUGCAGGGAGCCUGGCGAGUGGGCCCUUGAAAGAGCGAAGCUGAACGUGAAUGAAAACUUCCUGCUCGUGGGGAUUCUUGAGGAGUUGGAAGAUGUGCUGCUUUUACUGGAAAGAUUUUUACCUCAUUACUUCAAGGGUGUGCUCAGUAUCUACAAAGACCCAGAGCAUAGGAAACUUGGAAACAUGACUGUGACCGUAAAGAAGACUGUCCCCUCUCCCGAGGCCGUGCAGAUUCUCUACCAGCGCAUGAGAUACGAGUACGCAUUCUACCACUACGUCAAAGAGCAGUUCCACCUGCUGAAGCGCAAGUUUGGACUGAAGUCUCACGUCAGCAAGCCCCCUCUGAGGCCACAAUUCUUUAUUCCAACUCCACUGGAAACCGAGGAGCCGAUGGAUGACGAGGAACAAGAUGAUGAAAAGUGGCUAGAAGAUAUUUAUAAGAGGUGAUGCCAGCACUGUGUUGUCUCCAUGGCUUUAUCUCCCUUUUCAAGAAAGUUUUUCGUUUGGGGAAGAAAAAUCCUUACAGGACUAAAUUAAUGCUCGGGUGCAUUAAAAAGAACAAAACAUACCCACAUGUUGGGGUCAUUGGGAGAUGCCCGGUUUUGCGGGUUUUAUUUGUUUAAUUUUAUUCUGUGUUUUUUUAUUGGCUCCUUGCAUCUUUCCCAGGUACACCAGAUGGUUCCAUCACAAGAUGUCUUGUCACAAAAUAGCUUCCCCCACCCCCACCCCAGCCCAGUAUGAUGGGAGAAGGAAAAGUGAUGAUAUAGCCCAUGGCCCAGUAACUUAUCAUUUGUAAAUCCCUUGUAAAAAUAUUACCUCAGUGGUAGGAGACACCCAGACUUGUAUAUUUCGGUAGAAAUACAAAACCACUUCAGAGACCAAGGAACCUACUCCAGAAGGAUCUAAGAGGAGAAGGUAAGACAAAUAAGGUAUCAAAAGGGAGGAUGGCCCUGGUUAAGUGGUUUCUACCCACAUGGGUAGAAUUCUGCCUCUGGUCCAUCUCAGGGGACACCUUCACCAGGAGCAGUGUACUUAUCUCUGAAAGAGCAAGUCGGUUUGUGCUACAUCCCCAACCAAUCUGGAGCCUGGAGUACCUUUCAAGGUCAACAUGCAUGGCAAGCUCCCUUGGGAUAUUCCAUCUCCAAGCACCGUUCUGAUAGACAUCAAAGUAGCAUAGCAGGGAAAAGAACUUGUUUGCUGUGUACACAAGGAUGUAGGCAAGACAGGUAAAAUAUGAAGGUCAUGUGGCAUCAGGAAAAGGGCAUGGUCUUGUCCUUUGCACCCAACAUGAAACAUCUUUCUCCCCAGCAUUGCUUUAAGUGGAAGUCCCAGGAACCAGUUUAGCUCUGGUAUUUGACUCCUGUGGCAGAAGUGCUAAGCCUGACCACAGAUAUUGCAUAAUCUAUCAAACAUCCCUGACCAAGUUGGGUCUCCUAGUAUCUGGUACUAUGUACUGUAGUCCCCUAAGAGGUACCUGCUUUCAGUAAAAAGGUGUCCUGAGUUCUGUGCAGGUAGCCUCAUUUCUUAUGGAACCUGCUCAUUCCUGAGAACCCUAUCUAGGGACAUCAAAAAGAGAAGAAGCAAGAGCUUGUGGGUAAGAGACCGCUUGUCCUGCUUGAUGAUCAGGUGGCUGCCCCCAGUGUGAUCUGAGUAGAUGCUGGGCAGUUCCAUCACCCCAAAAUAUCUCUUCUCUCUACCUUCCACCCCCCAUCACCUGCCACCUAUCAAUGAUGCCUUGGUUCAGUCAUUAGAAAUCUAUUCCUGUGGAUUCUGAAAUGUCUUCACCUUAGAAAAAGGCCUGAAAAUACAUAUUCUCCUGAGUGGGUAAUAUACAGCUAGCUGAGAAAGCCUUCCUGUUGGCCAUAGGAAGGGUACUUGUGACAAAUUUUGACAAAUUUUUCCUCUAGAGCCAGCCCUUCAAGAGCACUAGCAAAGUGUGAAUUGGGAAUACUUACUAGUAAAUAUGAGUUUGACUUUACACAAACCACACAUUUUCUACUUUUCAGAAACCAAGUCUCUCUAGAAUUUUUUCUUCCUUCACUGAAAUUGGAUGGUAGCCAAGAUAUAAAGCAAGUCAUUUGGAACCUGUCAAGUACAUGCUAAAGCUGCAUUAUCACAAGAUGUAUUUAGGAGGCUCCAGCCCCAAGAGUCCAGUGAAGGCUGGACCACAGAGGCACAGAGUCCACCACUUGGGCCUCCUGUGGGCCUCCGUUCUGCCUCAGAGGACUUGGGCAGGGAAGUGACUAAGGGAAAUGCUCUUAGAGGAAGAAAUAUCCUUUGUCCUGUUCAAAGGGAGCAGGGCCCUACCAUUAGGCAUACUUUAAAAAGCAACAUGGAGAUAGUUACCAUAUUCAAAACAAGUACAAGAACGGCUGCCUGGUACAUUGCGAGUCAUUUCUAUGAAAUUAUAUAUAAAGAAUGAUGAUUAGUUUACACACUGCAAUCUCACAAUCUGAAAGUAAAGUUGAGUUGGCUAAGUUUUCUCUGCUGUUUAUCAGAACAUCAGGACAAUUGGUCAUUCACAAAAUUCAUCUUCUUACUGCAGGUUCACGCGGGUAUGUCUCCCUGUGUGCUCAAAGGCAUUUCUUUUCAGCUGUGAUCAUUAUAACUUCACAACAAAAGAGGCUGACCAAUUUAUUUGCAUGGCCUUAAUGUUAUUUGGUCACAACAAACAACCUCGAGGUCCUAAAAGUCAAGGCACUUCAUCAGUUUAUUUGGCACACAUGACAACAUUUUUAUGGCCCUGGGCCCAACACAGUUUGUACUUCAUGAAAUAUAUUGUAC